CAAACUGCUAUGAUAUGUAAUUAAUGAAUGAAUGUAACGUUAAUGAAAACCUUCAAUGAAAAUACUGGCGCUUGCAGAAGCGUCCCGUCUCCAUGACAACCAGACAACCAGAAGUAAGAAGGUGUGGUUCACAGCCUGUGAAAUAUCGGCUCUAAAUCUGUAUUUAAUUAGUGUAUUUCAGUGCUUCGAUCCUGCAGUUAGUGCAGUAAAAUAUCUCUUUUCCUCGAACCAAGUUUGUUUAUCAUUAGAAAUCUCUUGGGAACCGUGUUUUCCGCUUCCCCGCAAGGUGAUUCUCCCAACAGGUUUUAUUUUUUUUUUUUUCAACGGGCCAAAGAUGGAAAGUCCUCGUAUCGGAGUGGUGAGAGAGUCUAUGCUGCUUCGACCUCUCCUAAUUAAGCCUACUCUUGGAAAGACCAAGUCAAGAGGUUUGUCAUGUCCAGGACCUGACUUUGUUUAUGGGACACCGACCACAGUCCAGGAUGGAGGCGUGCCAGAGGCCAUCUCCAGCUGGCAAACUCACACUAUGUCCACAAGAAACAGGAUGGCUGAGAGGGAUUUUAUUGCCCUUAACCGAGAGGGUGUCAAGACAGGAUUGGUUACUGCUAAAGAGCUGCACCAGUACCGUGCCACCCACGACAUCAGGCGCCAGCCACUGACCAGAGAGAGCUUUCGCAGGUCUGCUCCACCUCGCAUACCACCAGAUUCUUUGUUUGGUAUUUCUAACAGACCAUCUACCCCAAUCUCAGAGCUCAUGGAGUAUAAGUAUGCUCAGAGAUGGCUGGAAGAGCAACAGGCAAAGGACAGAGUCCUACAGGCUCACCAGCUCAAGAAGGUUCAGCUUGGACGUAUACAGGAUACACGAACAACUGUCCUCCGCAAGAGUCGCCCCUUGCCCGAGGCCCCAUCCAUGUGGAAACUGCCUCGUUUCCAGCAGGUCAGGCCAGCUUUGGACACCUUUCGAGAUCCUGAAGCCAGGAAAAGAGCCAUGGGUGCCCACUACGCCGAGUCUGCAAGUAGAAGAGGGAUUCUGGGGCAAGGCACUUACACAGUGGAUUGACAGGGAUUGCGGUUAUUACAUGUACAUCUCAAUGCUUCUGUUGAUCAGGCUACUUUUUGAAGUAUUAUUCCCUUAAUAAAUUGUGCCGCUCAAGAAAUGUGGUCUUUAUUUGUUUACUUCAUGCUGUAUGAACAACUAAAUAUAUAAGCCACAAAUAACUCUCACAAUUUAGACCAGUGCCC